AUGGCAGAUUGGGGACCGGUGGUGAUAGCGGUGGUGCUAUUCGUGCUAUUACAACCAGGAUUGUUGUUCCAAAUACCAGGCCGCGGCCGUGUGAUUGAGUUCGGUAGUAUGCAAACCAGCGGUGCCGCCAUAGUUGUGCACGCUAUCAUUUACUUCGGCCUCAUCACCAUCCUCCUUAUUGCUGUUGGUGUUCAUAUCUACGCUGGUUAGCCUAAUCCUUUUUUUUCUAAAUUCCUCUAUAUUUUAGUACUACUAUGACGAUUUACUAGUUUGUAUUAGUAUUAUUCAACAUUUCGGUUGUAAUACCGGAACUCUUGAAGGAUGUACGGAGUAAUUUGUUAUUAUUAUGCUUUUGGAUCUGGAAAGUUGCCUUUUCAA